UCUGUUUUUUGCAAUAUGGCUGUGCAGAGCUGGUCAGAUCUCCUAAAAGCAUCCAAGAAAACCGCUUUAAUACACGAUGGUGAGUGAAACAGAGAAAGUUAUCAUCAUUAUAAUAUUUUGUAUCACAACAUUUACCCUCGCAUUCAUCUAGUAAGACGUCAGUGUCAGUUAUAAGCUCGCUAACUAGCAUUAGCUGCUAACCAACACUCACUUUCACUUUGCCUAGCAAAUCUGUUUAGCAAAGAUAAAAGCUAGCUUGUUCACAUUUAAAUGAAUUUCUAUUGGUGCGUUGCAAACCUAUUUCCAGGGAAAAGGAAGAUACACUAUCUCUUUACAGAUGGGAAAGAAAUGGCAGAAGAAUAUGACUUGACAACAGAUGAGCUCAUUGGUAAGCUUGUUUCAGAUUAGACAACAUCUUAUCAAAAGUAUCCUGCAUUAGCUACAUUGCUUCCUGUGCAUUAUAUUGUUUCCACUCUCAUCUGUUGUUACUUACAUUCAUGUUUACUUUGCAGUACGGAAGUGGCGUUCAAAAAGCACUUUGAAAGGACAGGGACCAUGGGAGAUAGAAGUUGGAGAGCUAGUCCAAUCUACUGUAGCCUGUUUGGAAUCAGAUGUUAUCAAGGAAAACUGUUCAAACGUGAGUUGUAUUAUACAAUAUAUACAUCUGUUAUAUUUCAGUCCAUGAACUAAAUUGCAAAUUGAUACUAAUUCACUAUCAACAACAGUACUCAUCCAAAUGUGUCAACUAAUAUUUUUACUAUCUUGGAAUUAACUUCAUUUUCACAAUUUCACAAUUAAAUUAAUCAUCAAUAAAUAGUAUGCAUUUAACUGUACAAUGCUCUGUUGUAUUUCCACAGCCUGUAUUUAUGCGCAAAGACACAAAGACCAGUUUCCUGUGGAGAGUCCGGAACCUUCCGUACCCCAAAGAGGUCUACAACAUUUCAGUGGAGCCUGAUCAACGAUGCUGCAUCAUACGGACAAAUAACAAAAAGUAACAUCCAAAUUGCCUCUAUUCCACUCUCUUGCCAACGUGGCUUGGAAUUCCAUAUUUUUUUUAAUAGUUCAGCUUACAGUUGAUUUGUUUCCCCUUAGAAGUCUACUGAUAAACUGCUAGGCCUAUAUCACUUCAGAUAUCGUUACGUACCGGUCCCCGAAAAGCAAUACCACAUUCAAAGUCUAUUACAUUUCUACAGUUGUAACGUCUUCACAAUGGAGAAGGCCUCCUAUAUUUUCCUUUAUUUUCUCUGAGGAUGUCUCCCCUAUAGGUGGCACUGUUGACAAAAAUAUUGAUCUCUUGCCUUCAAGAAACCCUUUCCUCACUGCAGUGUGUUAUCCUUUGCAGGUACUACAAGAAGUUUAAUGUUCCUGAUCUGGACCGAAGCCAGUUGCCAUUGGAUAGUUCCGCACUCAGCUUCACCCACGCCAACAACACGUUAAUCGUCAGUGUAAGUACUCCUGACAACAACAACAACAAACAAACCAACUACAGUACUUCUCAAGUCCCACCUUGGAUGAAGUCUUAUAUCCAAUAUACAGAGACUGGUAGGCAAACUUGAAGCUAAACUAUAAGUUGAUAGUGGAGACUAGAUUGAAACGAUAUGUUUCUAUUCGUCUCACUUGUAUCAGAACACACCAAUAAACUCAAGGGAUUGAAUCAUUGAAUUUGUUAGAACAAACAUUAGGAUAGCCUACUAAGUAUCUGAUGAAGAGAUUGACCGUUACUUUAUGUGUAUACCUAUCAUAAUCGGUUUCUCUGUGCUAUUGGGAUUUCUUAUUUCUUGUGUUCGUUCAAAAUGGUACCCUAUUCCCUAUAUAGAGCACUACUUUUGAGCCCGACUCUGGUCAAAAGUAGUGCACUAUAUAGGGUAUAAGGAGCCUCUGUGUUAUCCCACUGCAGGCCAAACAUUACACUAAAGGAUGUACAUGGAAGAGAAACGGGCUUCUGUAGAAAUAAUGACCUAUUCUGUCUUUCCUUUCAAGUACAAGAAGCCCAAGGAGAUAUUAACCCUUGAGCACGAGUUACUCCGGGAGGUGAAGAAACUGAAGGGAACCAAUGAAGGGGACGUCGACUGCAAAACUCAAUGAAGUUCCAGUGUGGAUCUGAGGUGAUGUCACUCAAACAAGUCGUUUUUGAUUUGCACUGGUGAUGCAGUAUCCUGUAUUUUUUCUACUCUGAUUUCUGGUUCUCAAUGGGAUUCCACCAUUGGAACAUUUUUGCACAGUGCCUUGCCUUGUCCAUACUUUUCAUUGUGUUUAUUGGGUGGGGGGCUGUAGUAUUGAGACAGUGAAUUACAAACAUAGUUACUUGUUUAAACUUGUUCCUUUGCUUGUUUCAACUUGUUCUUACAAGUGUUCUAUCAAAAAGGUAUUUGAGAAAUGUCGCUGCUGUUCUGUAAAAAGUUCUGAAUCAUUGUUGCGAGAUACGAAGACUUAUUGGAUUUAACACGUGUUGUUGUCCUUUGAAGAUGAAUAAAAUUCCAUAAUGUUGU